AUGCUUGGUGUCCCAUCCGGAGGCAAAGCCUCAUCUACUCUGCCAUUCUCUGCCAGCAAUUUCCCCGGCAAUCCAUCAACGAUGACCGAUGGCAAUGACAACAAUAAAAUGAAUAAUGGAAACGCAUCAGCAAUCAACAAAGAUGAUCCCGAUUGGAAGUCAAAAUUGAACCUUCCAGAAGUAGAUCGGCGAGCAAGAACAUCCGAUGUUACAAAUACAAGUGGCCAUGACUUUGAAGAUUAUUGUCUUAAACGAGAAUUACUUAUGGGUAUCUAUGAGAAGGGCUGGGAAAAGCCCUCACCUAUUCAAGAGCAUUCAAUUCCGAUUGCUCUAACUGGUCGUGAUGUUCUCGCUCGAGCAAAAAACGGUACAGGUAAAACAGGCGCCUACACUAUCCCAAUUAUUGAACGAAUCGAUCCAACUAAAAAUGCCAUUCAAGCAAUUAUCCUGGUUCCCACUCGAGAACUAGCCUUACAAACCAGUGCCAUCUGCAUGGAAUUGUCUAAACAUAUUCAUCUUCGUGUGAUGGUCACCACAGGUGGUACAUCAUUACGUGAAGAUAUUACACGUUUACAAGAAGUUGUGCACAUCAUGAUUGCCACACCUGGUCGUUUAUUAGAUUUAGUUAAAAAAAACUUAGCAAAACUUGAUUCAUGUCGUGUGAUUGUUUUGGACGAGGCUGAUAAAUUACUCUCACAAGAUUUUAAUCAUUUAUUAGAUGACGUUAUUUUUUAUUUACCUCAAGAUCGGCAAAUCAUGUUAUAUUCUGCAACAUUUCCAUUGACAGUCGAUGAUUUCAUUAAGAAACACAUGAGAAAUCCGUAUGAAAUCAAUUUAAUGGAAGAACUCACACUGAAAGGUAUUACCCAAUACUAUGCAUUUGUGCAAGAGCGUCAAAAGGUCCACUGUUUAAAUACAUUGUUUUCUAAAUUACAAAUCAAUCAAUCAAUUAUUUUCUGUAAUUCAACACAACGUGUUGAGCUUUUAGCAAAGAAAAUCACUGAUCUUGGGUAUUCAUGCUACUAUAUUCAUUCGAAAAUGCGUCAAGAUCAUCGCAAUCGUGUCUUUCAUGAUUUCCGUACUGGUCUCUGUCGUAAUCUUGUUUGUUCCGACUUAUUCACCCGUGGCAUUGAUAUUCAAGCUGUAAAUGUUGUGAUUAAUUUUGAUUUUCCAAAAUUAAGCGAAACCUAUUUACAUCGCAUUGGUCGCUCAGGUCGCUUUGGUCAUUAUGGUAUUGCAAUAAGUCUUAUAACUUAUGAGGAUCGCUUUUCAUUACAUAAAAUCGAACAAGAACUGGGUACUGAAAUUCAGCCGAUUCCGAAACAAAUUGAUCCAUCACUUUAUGUUGCUGAAUAUCAAAUGGGUGGAGACAAUCCUGGUGAUAAACAACAAGAGGGCCAAGCGAGUGCUUCUGCUCAGAAAAACUCAUAA